AGAAGCGGGAGGCGGAGCCUCAGUGUCCUCGCGCGGCUAGAGUGAAGUCGGGCGUUCGCUGCUGGCUGGGGGAGGAGAAGGAGGUCCCCGGGGGGGCCUGCCGGGAUUGGGUCGGGAGGGCCACAGACGCGGGUGGGAGGCUGGAGAGAGAAGAUGCUGCUCUUCGUGGAGGGUAUGGUACUAAAACCACUCCUUGAUGCUAGAGAGACUCCAGAAGGCUAAACUCUGGAAAUUCAGCUUCAUUAUUCUCUGGCCUGUGCUUCUCUGUGGCAAGAUGGUAACAUCGAAAGGGGCCAGCUUAAAUCCUAAUGCAAAAGUAUGGCAGGAAGGCAUGCAAGGAAACUCAGAGGCUGCCCCAGGAACUAACAGCACUGAACAUUCAUGGCAAGAGACGGCAGCUGUGCCGGGAAGUUGUACAGAGGGUAAUACUGAGGUUGCAGAGGAUGGUGCUAAGCAGUAUGAAGCAAUGUAUUCAUCUUGUGAACCAUCCAGCAGUUCCAGUGGUGAGGAAUCGGCUGUUAAUGGAAUGGUGUUGGCACCAGAAGAUCUUGGAUAUCAACUCUAUGAAGUUCCUGGUGAAGGCAACCCUAUAAUUUCUCCAGAAGACCUGAAAGAAUGUUUGAAGAAACAACUAGAGUUCUGUUUCUCACGUGAGAAUCUAUCCAAGGAUCUUUACUUGAUGUCUCAAAUGGACAGUGAUCAAUUUAUUCCAAUAUGGACAAUCGCCAACAUGGAAGGAAUUAAGAAACUGACAACCAAUAUGGAUCUUAUUGUGGAAGUACUGAGAUCUUCUCCUAUGGUCCAAGUAGAUGAGCGAGGAGAAAAAGUUAGGCCAAACCACAAACGAUGCAUUAUUAUUCUCCGUGAGAUUCCUGAAACGACACCUAUAGAGGAGGUGAAGGCAUUGUUUAAAAAUGAAAGCUGCCCCAAAGUGAUAAGUUGUGAGUUUGCUCAUAACAACAACUGGUAUAUUACAUUCCAGUCGGAUACUGAUGCACAGCAGGCAUUCAAAUACUUACGGGAAGAAGUCAAAACCUUUCAGGGCAAGCCAAUAAUGGCCAGGAUAAAAGCCAUCAACACAUUUUUUGCAAAGAAUGGUUACCGGGUACUGGAUUCUAGUGUUUAUGCUCAGCCUGUCCAAACACAAGCACAGUUUGCCUCGCCAGUGUUUGUGCAGCCUGUAUAUAGUCCUCAGCAGUACUCCAUCUACAGCAUUGUGCCUCAGACAUGGUCUCCAAACCCUGCACCUUACUUUGAAACACCUUUGGCUCCCUUUCCGAAUGGUGCAUUUGUGAAUGGCUUCAGUUCGCCAGGAUCAUACAAGGCAAAUGCAGCUGCUUUAAGUAUAGGACGUCCAUUCCAUAGAAACCGCAUGAAGCCUCCUUUUCGGUUGUCAAGUAGCUCUGAACACCCUGCAGAAGCAACAUCUGCUGUCAGUGUGGUGUCAGGAGAUGGACAGCUGCACAGAACCACCUCAAGGAACUAUCAAACUGAACGGCAAGCAAAUACACUAUCAGGACUUCAAGAACAAAGCUAUUUACCGAAGGAUUCUUCCUUUUCUCAGAUAGAACAAAAUGGUGACUAUGGCAGAGGCAGGAGGACUGUUUUCAGAGGCCGGAGGAGACGGGACGAUGACAGACUUUCACGACCCCAGCCUUCAAUUGAAACCAAGACUUUGACACCAAAGUUUGACUUGCUAGCCUCAAAUUUCCCUCCCUUGCCUGGUAGCAUGGUAAAAACUCAAGAAGACCCAGUCUUGGAGAGUAGGAUGUCAGAUAUUGUUAAAGGAAUAAGCAAAGAAAAGGAAAACAAAGAGUUGACUGUUAGUUGUCCAGCAUCUACUCAGGAAGAGCAGGGCCAAAACCCUGUUCAGCCUGCAAUGAGCACCAGUUCUCCUUGUAGGAUUGAUGCUCCUGGAUUAAGUGCCACACAUCCAGAUAACAAGCUAGAAGAGGUCCAUUUGCAGAAAGAGGCCGCAAGCCAGACUUCGCCACCCUCGUCUGUAUCCCCCCUUAGUGCUGUAAAGCCACCCAGGACGAAUGCCACUUCAUCCACAACCAAUGCAAACACAAUGCCUACUGUGACAGUACAGGAACCCCGCAAGCUCAGUUAUGCUGAAGUCUGCCAGAAGCCCCCAAAAGAGCCAGCUCCCGUUCCUGUUCAGCCACUUAGGGAGCUACGUACCAAUGUUGCUUCCCCUGCCAAAGCAGAAGAAAAUGGCACCCAUGAAAAGGCAGGAGAGAAGGCCCAUGAAAAACCUGAAGGGAGGGUGAAAGACUUUGCUGUCUUCAGAGGCGCUGGGCCUCCAAAGGGAGCUGCAGGAAAAAUCAGGGAACAGAGACGCCAGUGUGGACGUAGGUCUUCUCCUCAGGGAGCACCUCGGCGUGUCGGCAAGGAACAAUAUGUGCCACCACGAUCACCAAAGGAAAAUUGAUCAUAAACUUUUUAUUUAAUCAGAACUGUGGACUAAAGAGCAAUGGAGGAGAAACUGGCCAGCUGUGAGAAACAUAAAUAUGGGGAAAGUGGACACUAGAUUCAAGAGCACAGGGUUUGCAGUGUGAGAGAGAGCUUGAAGGGGUCCCAAUAUUCAUCUCUAACUGAUAUAAAAUGCUGGAUGAAUUGAAUCAAUAUAAAUAUGUGAUAAAGAUUAUAAUUUUUGUAAUUUUUUUGUGUUUAAUUUGCAGCAGGAUUCCUGCCUGAAAUAGAUUCUGGGGGUAUGAAUUAGCUUGUUGAAAAUGAGGAACAAAUACACAUUAGCAUGUUCCUCAAAAGUAGAAGAGAGGGGCAAAAGAAUAUUUUUGGGGGAGGAAAGUGUUUCUGUAAAAGUUAUAAAUUACUUUUAAAAAUCUAUUUAAUGUAUGGCUUGUAGGAUGAUGUGUAUGCCAUAAUGGCCUUGCAUUACAAAUCAGCCCCAAAACUGACAUGCUUGGUCAGUGUGAAUGAGUGUAGCCACAUACUUGUUAUGUCAUGAUCUAGUCACUGAUGAUAACUGAAUGUACUACUGUAGUAUUUUGUGUUUGGAAAUGUAGUCUUUGAUCUUAUUAAUUUGGUCAACUUUUAAAACUAUGACUUUACUUUUGAGUAUACAACCAGCAAGAUUAGUAAACAGAAAUAGCAGGCAAGAUUUUUAAUUUGUUCUUGCUUUUUCUCUAAUUAGGGGCUGAAGUGCUUCCCCCACCCCACUGCUUUAGUAGUUUUCUCUCAACUUUAUUACAGAAUUAUGCACAUCUAGCUGGAAUGAAUGUUCCAGUACUGGUGCAGGUCUGAUACAGGUAAAAAGAAAACUGCACAGUAAAUAUUCUCUUGGUAUCACAUUUAAUAAACCUGGACUUUUAAACUGUUGAAUACGCUAUAGAAGUGUGGCAAAUCCACUUGAGGUCUGAGUUUAUCCAACCUAGACUUCUGCAGAGUGGCUUGCAUUGGCGUACUGGAAAAGCUCUUUUUGCUAAAAGGCACUUCAUACUAUACUGGAGAUCAGGUUUUCUUUAGAGGGGAGAUUUUUUGAACAGCAAGUUUUAGUAACUUGUAGGUUUCCCCAAUUACUAGAGUUGAUAGCCAUGAAAAUGUUUAGGUUAUUUUGGAGAACAUUGGAGAUUACUUUUAUGUAGCUUUGUGUUAAUGAGAUUAACAACAUUAUUGUCUAACAAGCAAUCUGGUUUACAAGAUGGUAAUAGUAGUUGGUAAAAGAAGAAAUAGGAAAAGGUCAGUGUGUUAAUCUGCCAAAAUUCAUAUGCUAGGGUUCAAGGUUCUGUAUUAAAGUGUAUGGGGAAAGUAUCUUGCAACAGUAUAUCUUUUUCCUCAGUUAAUAGCAAGUAUACAAAUCUAAAGUAGUUAGUUGUGAACACUGGAAAACUCCAUUGCGAGAUACCACCAAACAUCUUAUUUGUAUAUGCUAGUGAUGACUUUAAAAUGUCAGUGGCAGAUAAAUAACUGUGAAAAUGUUCAUCUUCUGAUUUCUUAGCCAGAUAAUCCUUGGCAAUUUCUUACUCAGUAGGCAUUCUCUAUCAAUGGCUUUGA